AUGGCUGGCCUUUUGCGCCCACACGGUGCUUGCGUUCCGCUUUUCCUUCCCCGGUACCCCACCUCCACCUUGAGAGAUCCUGUCAGCGUUCAGGUAGCCACUCGAGUGACACGUGUCGUUCAUCGAGCAGCUCGGAUCGACGGUGCAAAAGCAUCUGAACGGGCGGAGCGAGGCAGCACAACUGCGGGAGGCAAAUCCCCUUCAAAAACUCCCGAUGAACCGCCAGAAAAGCCGCUCACCAGCAGUGGCGGCGGCGGUCAUGCUCGCGGGAGCACAGGCGGCAGUGGCGGCGCAGGGCGCGAGGGCAGGGGGAAGAAGGGCAAGGCGCGGAUCGACCCGGUGGGGAUCGUGGCGAGCGACCCGUCGCUGAAGGCGUUUGAGGGAGAGCUGCGCGCGCGGUACAAGCGACUCAAGGACCUGCGGCAGUACAUCGACGAGGAGGACGAGGACCUGCUCGAACUCGCCAACGCGCACAAGAUGAUGGGGCUGCACCGCCAUCCGUGGCACUGCAUCGAGCUCUAUGAAUGGGCGCCAGGCGCAACGCGCUGUGCGCUGGUAGGCUCGUUCAACAACUGGGAUGGUACAGAAGCCGUGUCAGAGAAAGGCCCAGCAGGGUGCGACGAGCUGGGCGUGCACCGCGUGGUGCUGCAGGACCGCCUGCGCGCAGGGCAGCAGGCAGACCCGUUCGGACAGGAGUACAACUAUGAUGUGGAGACGGACAGUGGUGAUAGGGACCUGGACUGGGAGGGGCUGUAUAGGGCCGCUCAGGACAGGUACUGGGAGGAGGGCGAGGACCAUCUGAUGCAUGAGUAUGUGGAUCCUGAUUUCGAGGAGGAGGAGGCGGAGGAGGGGGGUGGAGGGAGUGCGGUUGAGGGAGAGGAUGGGGGAUUGGAGGAGGGGGAGGAAGGGGGGUUGAGAGAGGGGUUAGGUGGUGAUGGUGGUGGCGGUGGUGGGGGGGAGGGGGGAGGGGAAGGGAGUAAGCAGCAUGUGCAGGGCAAGGAAUGGGUUGCGAAGGUGAGGGAGACAGGGGCGUACAAGGGGUGGGUGAACGGGCCGAUGCACUUGACUGAAGCACAACAGCGGGAGGAGGAGCAGGAAGACGGGCAGACAGAGGGGCAAGCAGCACAGAAACCCACACGCAGGCAGCAUUCAAAGGCAUCCAGCGCAGGCAGCAGCAGAUCCGGCAAGUCAAGCAAGCUACCGCCCAUCGCAGUGCCGUACACAGGCAGCGAGGGCGUGGGUGUGGGCGACUGGCAGCUGCUUAAAGAUCCCGCAUGGGCAGCAUACGUGGAGAACAAGCAGUUGCCGUACCCGUACUGGCUGGCGGAGAGGAAGGGGCGUGUGGCAUGGGCGAGGAAGUAUGAAGCGGCAGUGAGGCAUGGGGACCGGUGGAGGGUGCAGCUGAGCACGGCUCAGGGCGUGCUGCAGCGUGUGUCCGCGUGGGCCACGUUUGUUGCUCCUGGUGGGGUGGGGGAUGGAUGUGAGGGGUGUUGUCGGUUGGUGAUUUGUGGUGUGUGUCUGUGUGGGUGGUUGGGAGGACAGGGAGGGGCGGAGGUGGAGUGGGGUGGUGUGGGACCCACCUCUGGGCGAGCGGCACCAGUGGCAGCACACAGCCCCCCCUCGCCCUCGCACCCUACGCGUGUGCUGCCGCGCAUCAAGGCGGCGGGGUACAACGCGGUGCUGCUGCUGGGCAUCAUGGAGCACCCCGACUAUGCCUCGCUGGGCCUCAAGGUGUCGAGCCCCUUUGCAGUGAGCAGUCGCUUUGGCUCCCCUGAUGCUUUUAAACGACUCGUCGACACGGCACAUGGUGAGGGAGUGGGGUGGGUGUGCAUGGUGAGGCAGCAGGUGUGGUGUGAUGAUGAGGGGAUGGUGCAUGGGCUCAGUAGUGCUCAUAAAGCAUUCAUGUGCUUCACUCACUCGCACAUCGCUUUGGAAAUUCUGCCCACCCUCGCUUGCUCUUCCCCACUGUCUCUUCCCCACUGUCUCUUCCACACGUGCCGCAACCCCCAACACACCCCCCGCCCCCCAUUCACCCCAUUUUCCUUCUCCCCACCCCCACGCACACCCCUGGCAGGCAUGGGGCUGCUGGUGAUGAUGAGCGUGGUGCACUCCCAGGUCGGGUCGUACGAGGCCUUUGGUCUGCUCAACUUCGACGGCCAAGCCAACUCCUUCAUCCGCCCAGGCAUGUGCCGUGCACUCUACCCUGCCCUGCUGUUCAAUCUAUGCCCAGCAUGCAAGCGCGGGUACCACAAGCGGGUGGGCACGCGCAUCCCUGACUUCAGCAACUACGAGGUCAAGCGCUACCUGCUCUCCAACCUGCGCUGGUGGGCGGAGGAGUAUCGGUUGGACGGCAUGCUAUUCCACUCGCUGCCAUCCAUGAUCUACUUCCACAAUGGAUACUCUGACUUCGAACGCGGGGUGGAGGAGUUCUUCGGAGCAGCAGUGGACGAGGAUGCGUUGGCAUACCUGGUACUGGCCAACGACAUGCUGCACCAACUCAACCCUGCCUUCCUCACCAUCGCCCAUGACGCGACAGUAUACCCGGGGUUGUGUGCGGGGACGCAUGAGGGCGGGCUGGGGUUUGACCUGCGGCUGAAUGGUGGGCCCAUGGAGAUGUGGCCGUGGCUGCUGCACCACGCAUGGCAGGGGGGCGAGGCAACGCCUGGGCACACGCACUUGGAGGAGUGGAGCAUGGAGGAGAUGAUGCUCACAUUGCUGCAGCAGGGCUGUGGGGAGCGCACCCUCGUGUGCGCCGAGGGCCACCUGCAGGCAGUAGCGGGAGACCCUCUAGCGCACACACUGAUCGGCCGAUACAUGCCCGAUGAAGAGGAGCGGCUACCAGGCACACACUUGUCAUUGUCAGCAGUAGCACCAUCAGCAACAGCACCAUCAGCAGCACCACCAUCAGCAGCGUGGUAUCAGCUACCUCAAGUGCACCGCGGCGUGGCUCUCUACAAAUUGAUUCGGCUGAUAACGCUGUCAGCAGCGGGGGAUGCAUACAUGUCGUUCAUGGGAAAUGAGUUCGCCCACCCACAUCGCCUGCAUCUGACAUCAAGGCCGCAUGAGGGCUCGUCGCAGUGCUGCUGGCAACUGCAGGAGGACGCCCGCAGCCCGUUCGCACACAUCGCUGCAUUUGAUAGGGCGGUGAUGGCGUUGGACGAGAGGGAGGGAGUGCUGGCGCUGGAGAAGCCUCACAUGCGCCAUGUCAGCGAGGAGCACCGGGUGGUGUGCUUCACACGUGGCCCGCUGCUCUUCCUCUUCAACUUCCACCCCUCGCGCUGCUUUGCCUCCUUCUCCAUCGCGCUGCCUCGUGCCGGCGAGUACACUCUACUGCUGGACUCAGAAGCGCGGGAGUAUGGGGGAGGUCACCACGCGCAUGGCAUCCACGCGCUGCCCACAGUGCAAGCCUCUCCCACGCCACUGCCUCCCCACUCGCAAGUUUAUCGCAGGGGAGCCACAGCCUCCUUUGCACUGCCUGCUCUCACUGCUCAGGUGUACCGCUUGGAUAGAAUCUGGGAGGAUCGCUAUGAGCGCUUCGUGCUCCCCGAUGGCAUGAAAAAGGUGUCGUAUGAGCGCGACACCAAGGUGUUGAACGCGGCGACGCUGGUGAUACAGAGGGAGGACCACACCAUCGGCAACCUGCUGCGCAUGCAGCUACACAGAGACCCCCAUGUGCUCUUCGUGGGCUACCGCAUUCCUCACCCGCUCAAGUAUGAAGUGCAGUUCAAGAUCCAGACAACGAGCCAGUCUUCUCCGCAGCAGGCGUACAACACAGCCCUCACUGCCCUCGAUGGAGAAAUGCUGCAACUCAAGGCUUCCUUUCAAGAGGCAGUGAAGCAAUGUCAUCACAUCACUGCCAAGGGUACGCUGGUGAGGGGUCCGUACCGAUUCUCAGGUUUCACCCGCGAGGGAUCCUCCUAUCGCUCCGCACUUCCCCUCCUCCCACAUCCCACCAUCAUGGCAUCCGCGCCCUCACCUCCCCCCGCCGACAAAGCCACGUCCCCAUCGCCCGCUGCGCCCUCCUCCGCGGAGCUUCCGCCCUUCGCUUCCCCCUUGAGCACCGCAUCCCCCGCGACCAGCGCAGCCCCGCAAGCGGACGGCCAGGCGCCGCGGCAAGAGCUCCACGGCGGGAAGGCACCUGCCACAGUGGCGGCGGCGGCGGAGGCGGCGGGAGGGGGGGAGGUGGCGUGCGGGAAGGAGGCGGUGGAUCUGCUGAACUGCGUGGCGGAUGCGCGCACGGACCUCUCCAAGUGCACCGCGCUCAUGGGCGCCCUCCGCCGAUGCGCCGCCCGCGAGAAUGUCAAGAGCUUUUCCCUUCCGACAACGUAA